UUCUCCUCCAUCACCCCAUGCCACUACUUUCGGUUAUUCUCCUAACCCAAACGGCUAGCUAACACUCUCUUAUCCACCGUGCACAGCCGACAGGCCAUUCCCCCAAACCCGCCCAACUCAUCUCUCCACGCAUACCCGCACUGUUCCAUCUCUUUUCUUUCUUUCUUUCCUUCUCAAUCCCCCAUCCCCUUCCUUUUCUCCGCUCUCUCCUCUCUUCCCUCCCGUCGUCUCAAAACACUAUCGUAUUUGCUUCUCUCCUCGCUUUCUUCUUCUAAUUCCUUCGCCUUUCCGAGUUAAUGCGCCCCCAAAUGUCCCCUUUCCGACCCCCAAUCUAGGGUUCCCAAAACCCCAUCAAAGCCCCCAAGAUUUAUUCCCCCCCCAGAUCCGGCGCCACCGGGAAUGGCCGCUCCUGAGAUCCCGGCCUGGCUCAAGGGCCUCCCCAUGGCCCCCGAAUACCGCCCCACCGAGACAGAGUUCGCCGAUCCCAUCGCCUUCAUCUCGCGCAUCGAGGGCGAGGCCGCCGCCUUCGGCAUCUGCAAGGUUAUCCCCCCGCUGCCCAAGCCCUCCAAGAAGUUCGUCCUUGCCAACCUCAACCGCUCCCUCUGCACCUCCCCGGACCCCGUCCCCGGCUCCUGCCCCGCCGCCACCGGCGACGCCGCCGUCUUCACCACCCGCCACCAGGAGCUCGGCUCCCGCCGCACACGCGCGCCGGUCCACAAGCAGGUCUGGCAGAGCGGGGAGGUCUACACGCUGGAGCAGUUCGAGGCCAGGUCGAAGGCUUUCGCCCGAUCGCAGCUCGGCGGGUUCAAGGAAGUCAGCCCAUUGCUGGUGGAGGCCCUUUUCUGGAAAGCGGCGUCGGAGAAGCCCAUCUAUGUGGAGUACGCCAAUGACGUUCCCGGCUCUGGAUUCGCCGUGCCGGAGGAGCCCUUCCGGUAUUACUCCCACCGGAGGCUGCGGCGGAAGAGAGGGUUCAACAGGGGAAGGGUUCAAGAACCGAAAUUCUCGUGCCUGGCAGCUUCCCGUGAGGCGAGACAGCAGAAUGUUUCGGUUGCUGAGAGUAACGAGAGGGAGGGCACCGUCACUGGCACCGCGGGAUGGAAGCUUUCGAACAGCCCUUGGAACCUUCAGGCGAUUGCGCGCUCACCUGGUUCGCUUACCCGGUUCAUGCCCGAUGAAGUGCCCGGUGUUACCUCCCCGAUGGUUUAUAUCGGGAUGCUGUUCAGUUGGUUCGCUUGGCAUGUCGAGGAUCAUGAGCUGCACAGCUUGAAUUUCCUCCACAUGGGCUCGCCCAAGACUUGGUAUGCUGUGCCUGGGGAAUAUGCGGCCACUCUUGAGGAGAUUGUUCGGGUGCAAGGUUAUGGAGGAAAUGUCGACCGGCUGACGGCUUUUACUAUGUUGGGGGAGAAGACGACUUUGUUAUCUCCUGAAGUUUUAGUGGCAUCAGGGGUGCCUUGUUGCAGAUUAGUCCAGCAUCCUGGCGAGUUUGUUGUCACGUUUCCAAGGGCUUAUCAUGUAGGCUUCAGCCAUGGAUUUAAUUGUGGAGAAGCUGCCAAUUUUGCAACUCCGCAAUGGUUAAAGGUAGCCAAAGAAGCUGCAGUAAGAAGGGCGGCCAUGAGUUAUCUUCCCAUGCUCUCCCAUCAACAGCUGCUAUACAUGUUAACAAUGUCUUUUGUCUCUAGAGUUCCUAGAGAAUUAUUACCAGGUGUACGAAGUUCACGCCUGAGCGACCGUAAGAAAGAGGAAAGAGAAAUUCUGUCAUGUUCUUCUUCCAUAUCUCGUGAAGCACAUGGGUUGUUGGUUGAUGAUGAUUGUGGAAGGGCUCAGCCUCAACUCAAAGGAAAGAAUUCUUUUGACUGCAAAGAAGAUGAUUGUUGUGUUGUUGAUGCAGAUAAAGCAGAAGCAAAUGUCAACAGCAUAUCAUCUCAAAAUAUAUCAUCUGAGACACAGAAGAAUACUUGCCAUCCUGAGUGCAUGAGUUCUCAUGGGGAAGUCAUGGACAGCGCAGAUGUUGAUGAGGAUGAUUUACCAUUUGGUUUGCAUGUUGAUUCAGGAUCAUUGGCAUGUGUUGCUUGUGGAAUCCUUGGUUAUCCAUUUAUGGCUAUCUUGCAACCUUCUGAAAAAGCAUUAAAGGAGCUUUUCUCUUUAAAUUGUGAAGAAUCUGACCUGAAGUUGGAAAAAUCAGAGUCUUCAGGUCAACCUCUGCAUCUACCAAAUCCUGAAAAGAAGUUUUAUUCAGAUUUAGAACAAAAUGGCAUUAAACCUGAGGAGUGGAGAAAGGCAGAUUUAACAUGCAACUUAUCUCUUGAACAAAGUGGCCAUGCAAGUGAUGCCCCAAGUGCUAUCAAGGAACCUUCAUCUUAUUCUACGAAAGUGCCAGAAGUGACUUGUGAAUCAAUUGUUCAGACUAGAGCUGACAACACAUUGGGUACCUGCAUUUUGUCCAAUAAUUCUGCAAAUGAUAUGGAAUACCUUCAUAUGUUCAGUCCAAUGGAGCAUCUAGUAGGUGAACAGAACCUGCAAAGUGAGAACACUGUAUGUGCUCCUGGAAAAGAGAGUGUAUGUCAACAUUCAAACGAGCUACAUUCUUUUGACAAAGAGAAGGAAUAUGAUGGGACUGUGCACAUGAAGACUGAUGCGAUAUUUCAAAAUGACUUAUGUUGCUCUAACCCUUCUAGUGCAAAGCCUUUAAAUAAAACAGAGAGGCUACUUGGCACGACAGUGGCAAGGUGUUGUCAUGAGAACACGAAGUGGAAUACAUCUAAUGGAUUUCUAAGAUCGCGAAUCUUCUGCUUGCAACAUGCUCUUGAGAUUGAGGAGUUGCUGCGGUGCAAAGGUGGUGCUCAUGUGCUCAUUAUUUGCCAUUCAGACUAUCUCAAAAUAAAGGCACUUGCAAUAUCAAUUGCUGAAGAAAUUGGUAUUCAGUUCAAUUGUAAAGAUGUUCCACUUGAGAAUGCUUCUCCACCUGAGCUGGAUUUAAUCAAUACCUCAAUAGAUGAUGAAGAACAUGAAGAAGAUGGCAAAGAUUGGACCUCAAAAUUGGGUGUGAAUCUAAAAUACUGCAUCAAGCUAAGAAAGCAGCAACCAUCAAACCAAGAACAGGUUGCAAAUCAAGAACGGCUUGCAUUAUCUUUGGGUGGAAUCUUUUCCAAUCCUUCUCUGGUUUCACCUAUUUUAAAUCUCAAGUGGCUUUGCCGGAAAUCUCGCAGCCAGUAUAAGGUAAUUGGUACCAUCCAGUCAAAAUCAUACAUUGAUGCAAAUACUGAGAAGAGCGAACCUGUAACUGAAAAUCCAAAUGUCAAUCCUGCCAAUGAAAUUCAAGUUUACAAGAGCCGUAAGAAUGAGAGAAAUGACAUGGCUAGCAAGCAUCGUGCUUGCCCUAGAAAAGAUGCACCAAAAGAAUUGGAUGCUUACAAUGAUGUUGCAAUGGUUAAUAGGGAUGAUCAUAAAAACACAUCUGGCCAUACACAUCAGACUGGAAGAGUGGUAGAUGUCAGUACUGAUAAUUUGCUUACCGUCCCUAUUCUUUUUGCUGAAUAUCCUCGAAUGCAUCGAGAUGGUUGGGCAACAAAGAAAAUUAGCACACAACAUAUUGUUUUGGACUCUCCAAAAUCUUGUAAUUUGUCUGUACCGGUUGACUCACCCAUUGUGUCUUGUGAAAAUCCUCCAGGGAUCCAUUGCAGCAAGCUAGACAAUAUAAUGAUUGUUUCUGAUCCUGGAAAGGUGGAAACUUCUCAUCCAUAUUUCAAUGUGCCAAUGCUGGAGUGUUCAGAUUUGGGGCAAGGGGGUGUAGAAGGAUCUAUGUCAAGAUGUAAGGCUGGUAGUUUAGAUAAGCCCAGAUUUGAAGUGAAUAUUGUGAUGUUGGAAGGUGAAUAUUCUGAAGUUCAAAGAGAAGAAAAAGUGGUGGAUGAAACUAACUCAGAGCAUGAAAUACAUGGAACUGUAAAACCUGUUUGUGUACCAACUUCAAGAACUUUUGAUAGGUCUGAAGAUCAGCCAGAGAUGGUAAUGGCAAAUAUAUCUACUUUGGAGGGCAGUCUUGGUAUGCCUUCACUGUCAGAAGAGCAGUUAACUGUUCCAUUUUUAUCAUCCAAUAGUUCUGAAAUGCAUCUUAAUAUUGUAGCCUUGAACAAAUCUGUGCCAAAGAAUGUGGGUGCUAAUUCAGCAGAAGGUAACAUUGAAAUGCAGGAAGAAGUUCCAGCUGCAAGGGAGGGUAUUCUGCAGGAUGAUGUGGUUAGUGGGAACGAAAGCCAGUUUACUGUUGACAACUCAGUCGUUGAAAGUUCUCAAAUUCAGCAGGAAGCCCACUUGGCAAAUGAUACACCAGCAAAUUGUAAGGCUGUUGAUUAUUUAAGAUCAGAAUAUCAUUCUGUUACUACAAAACCGGUAAUCGAUGAUUCAAGGACUUCAGCGAAUGCUGGUUCUGUUUCAGUGGUUGAUGUCUUGGGAGUGCAGGAAGUCACUGAAAACACCAGAGACGUGACUCUUAGUGUGGGUAAUGAUAACUUCCCUCAGAAUGUAGAAAGACAUAAUAAUACUCCAACAAGAGUUGAUCUCAUACAUUAUGUGAGACGCAGAAAUAAGAGAAAGCGAGAAGCAGAGAAAAUAACAGAAAGUCGCAAUAGCUGUAUAAGCUUUGUGCGUAGCCCUUGUGAAGGCUUGAGGCCAAGAACUGGGCGGCCUACAGCUUUGAUGUCUGACAUGAGUAUCAUGGAGGAGAAGGUUACUCCGACGAAGGCAAACAAGAGGCUAGAGAGAUUGGUUGUUCUGAAGGGCAAAGAGAAGGGCAAGGAGGCCUUCGAGUGUGAUGUUGAAGGGUGUCAAAUGAGUUUUAGGACACGGGGAGAGCUUUCACUUCACAAGCGCAACUGUUGCACAUACGAGGGAUGUGGGAAGCGCUUCCGUUCUCACAAGUAUGCAAUGCGCCACCAAUGUGUCCAUGAUGAUGAAAGGCCCCUCAAGUGCCCUUGGAAGGGUUGUAACAUGUCCUUCAAGUGGGCAUGGGCCAGGACAGAGCACAUUCGGGUUCACACAGGAGAGCGCCCCUACAAAUGCAAGGUCUCCGGGUGCGGGCAGACAUUCAGGUUCGUGUCUGAUUUCAGUCGUCACAGAAGAAAAACUGGGCAUUAUGUGAAUUCUCCUGCCAGAUGAUUAUUCUCUUCUUUUUAGGAUUGAGGGUUUGGUUCUGGCUGCUAAGGGUUUCUUUCAGGCAUGGAGGGUCCUUCCUAACUUUUGGGUAGUUCUAACGUUCCUUUUUCUUUGAAGAUCAGCAAAAGACAAUCCAAUUAGAAUUCAAAUUCACUGAUUGGGUGUAGAUUUGUACAGACUGAUCCCCUGAAAUUCUGCAGUCCUCUGCUGUCACUGUUAAUUGAAUGUUGAAAUCAAGCUUGUCAAUUCAUUACGUUCUAAUAUUUAGUAUUGGUCUCUGUUAAAUCUGUAACUUUCUUUUGCUAAUUUCACAUGUUAUGCUGGUGAAGUCACUGAAGUCAAUAAGCAUAAUGAUUGCGGCUGUUAAUGGGGCCAUGAUCUGUUU